AUGGUUAAGCCAGAACCCUCAGACAAACCAAAAAAAAGAAGCAAGAAGUUGUUUGAUGAUGACGAUUUCUUUGUGAUGAAGAAGAAGAAAUCCAAGACUCCGGUUUCCAACACUGAACCAGUCAAGACGGAGGCCAAACAACCGGACGCAGAAGAUGUCAAAACCGAAGUGGAAGCAUCAGAACUGGCUCAACUACCGCUGCCACCAAAGGCUGUUCCUCCUCCACCCCCUGCUCCGUCUCAAGUAGCUGAUAUACCUACUUCUAACGAUCACCUCGAGUCUUUCCAUACUGCCCAAGAUUCGUCAGAUCAUGAAGAGAUCUUGGAAGUCAAAAGUGUGACUACUGUCACUGAUCCUGUGGAAGUUUUAUCCGACGACGAUUCUGACGAAGAGUUCGGAGCUUAUAUUAAGGCACACUCGAGUCUGAAGCAGAGUGACGACGAGUCUGACAGGUUGUACGACCUCUCUGUAUCGUCAAGGCUAGGGCCGCCCGAGGACUAUAGCAUUACUUGCAGAGGGAACCAAACAUUCAUGGAAAUCUUGGAUAACAUAAGGCUACAAGCAUCGCAGAAUUUUUAUCCUUUCAACCUCAGAGGCGGUUGCCUUGUGUGGAUUGAAGGUAGGCUGGAGCUCAAGCCAUUCUUCAGGCCAAGCACGCUACGAAUUCCUCGACCUGAGGAUUCUCAAAAAAAUACAGUCAUUCAAUGUUUGUAUAUACCUCAGAGCUGUCGACAUAAUUUCGAAAAGAUUUUCGAGGAAUUCUGGAAAACUACAGAUGAGCAAGAAAACGAUAGCGGAGAGGAGGAUUUGGCAAUUGUUAAUGUCCAAGAAGACAAACCUCAAAACGAAGAGUCUCAAGGCGCAAAAAAUGAGUAUUUCGUGAUUGGGCUCAAGGGUAAGGACAAUAAGCGCAUAGAAGCAGAGGUAGGACCUCAAACAAAGAUUAGGGCAUUGCUUCAGCACUAUUUGAAAUCGAAAGAUAUCGAUGAAACACUGGUCAAGAAGGCAAGACUAGUGUUUGACGACGAAGAUCUAGACCUUGACGGCGUGGUAGCCGAUACAGAAUUGGAAGAGGAUUUCGAAUUGCAAGUGUAUAUUAAUUAG